GCGGCACGCGCCCCCUUCGAAACCGACGCGGCUUCUAUAUGGAACGUGCAGGACGCGUCACUGUUCCGAGCCGGAUUGCAGGGGCUCUCGUCCUCGGUGCGGCCGCCUUUUUCCUACCCGUUGCUCGCCCCGAACACAUCGUUUCAGAGCCGAAUUUCAAGGAGCCAAUCACCAACGUCACAGCACCGGUUGGACGAGAAGCGAUCCUUGCCUGCGUCGUCAAAGAUCUUGGCGUUUACAAGGUGGCCUGGUUAAGGGUCGACACUCAGACCAUACUGACGAUCGCUGGUCACGUGAUAACGAAGAAUCAUCGGAUCGACGUUAAGCACAGCGAUCAUCUGAUCUGGUAUCUUCACAUUCGAGAAGUCCGGGAGACCGACAGAGGCUGGUACAUGUGCCAGAUAAACACCGACCCGAUGAAAAGCCAAAGAGGUUACCUCGACGUGGUUGUUCCACCGGACAUCCUGGACUAUCCAACCAGCACUGAUAUGGUCGUUCGAGAGGGAAGCAACGUUACCCUUAGGUGCGCUGUUACUGGGUCACCAACGCCUACUAUAACGUGGAGACGCGAGGACAGCCGUCCCAUUCCUUUAGGAAAUGGUGUCACCAGCAUCGAGGGUCCAUUCUUCAACAUCACGAAGGUGAACCGACUCCACAUGGGAUCUUAUCUCUGCAUCGCGUCCAACGGAGUUCCACCCUCGGUCAGCAAGAGGAUAACGCUAAUCGUUCACUUUCCGCCCAUGAUUUGGGUUCAGAAUCAACUCGUCGGGGCGAGGGAAGGCCAGCAGAUGACACUCGGCUGCCAUUCCGAGGCCUACCCCAAAUCCAUCAACUACUGGACUCGCGACGAGGGCCAAAUCGUCCCUCAGGGGGGUAAAUACGAACCCUCGAUAUUCGAGGACGCCUACACGGUUCACAUGAAUUUGACGAUCAGAUCGGUGGGUCCGUCGGAUUUCGGAGCUUACAAAUGCGUUUCGAAAAAUUCACUCGGCGAUACCGAUGGGAGCAUCAAACUUUACGAAAUUCCUUCGAGUUCCGGUUCCCGUUCAACUUACGGCAACGGGACGAAGUACAAAGGAAAAAUGGGUAAAAAUUAUGGCAACAAUUACGUAGACGGGGAUCCGAAUGUUCUGAAAAAAAUAGACCUGAAGCUGCGAGGUCGUAAGGAAAAUGGAAGGGAUGACGACGAGGAUUAUGACGAGACUUCGGGGGCGGAUUCUCGCGGUCGAAUGUCAGCGACUUCGACGCUGUUUUCGUCGCUGAUUUUUGCCAUUUUGAGCCAACGCAGAUUAUUUGGAGAUUUGCAAACGCAGUUGCUUCCUGCCUGAGAAACAUUAGGAAUAUAGAGAAAAGUAAUAAAGGUUUUUAGUUGCCUUCGUUUUUACUUUCACCUCGUUCAACCGACAAACAAACGUCGCAAUAUAUAUUCUCAAAAUAUGUAUCUAUUGUAAUCGCACGGAUCGAAACGCGAGUAGAACAAGUAUUUUCGAUAUAAUCAGUUGAAUAUAUGACGCGUAGGUAAAUCACACGAAACACACGCAAGAACACGUUGUAGGUAUUUGAAAAUAGAACAUUUCCAUGCUGGAGAUACGCUUGUAUAAUGUAAUAAUUAUGUAAAUAAUAAUAAUAAUGAUAAUAAUAAUAACAGCAACAACAAUAACAUUAUCGUAUACCAUUGUAUAAUAUAUAAAGACAGUAAAAAUUUUCACUAUA